GUUCAGUCGAUGUUAGAUUCCCUUCCCGACAUGAUAUACAUAAAUAUCCAUUGUACGGAGUUCACCAAAUCACGUGGAGCACAGAAUUCGCCCAAAUCAUCACCGAAUUAUAUUUAUGUGGUGCAUACAUGUACAAUGUACAUUUAAAUUAUCGUUAGUAGAGUUUGAUAUGUGUUGAAGUUGUUUCCUCACUGGAAAUCCCAAUUGAAAAUCUUAUCAUAGUGCAAUAUCCAUUUUCCAUCGCUUUCCGCUGAAUUAGACAAACGCAUUGCACUAUUACAAUUGAAUAUAUGAACAUUUAAUGCAAACGACGAAAAAAAAUUAUGUUCAUUUUUUAUGGAUGAUUGUGUGAAAAGUGUUUUUGAAUCAAAUUACGUUAUCGUAACGGAUUUUCAUGUGUUUGGAGUGCUUGUUAGUGUGUUGUUCAUUUGCGUUGCAAACAUUACAUUUCGAAUUUUGGAAACAGAACGAGGAAAACUUAAUCAAAUUCCAACGUGAAAAUGUUUUUGUUGAGGCAAUAAUAAAUAAUCACUUUUAUUUAUACAAUAAACAAUCGACGCAAUCCAUGGUAUUCCUAUCUCAGUUUGAAUUCAGUGAAUAAGCAGAAUACAGCUGAAGUGAAAAUGGAAUGCUAGAAAACUAGAAAUCGAUCGAUUGUAAUCGAGUGCAUUAUUAUUUUGUGUUGUCGUGAUGAGAAUCAUCACUUAAGAUGAAAACAAACCCAUUAUCUAAGUGAAUUGUAUUGCAUUAGACGUAAAUAAAUAUAGUGAACUAUAAGUGAAGAUUGUGAAGUCAAUGUGGAACAAAAAAUCCGAAAUAAAACUAGAAACUAUUUCCAACUUUGAGUCUAGUCCAGACGAAAAUCAAAUCAUAAACAUUAUCUUUUUGUGAGUAUGCGACAACGAGUAUAGUGUGCGAAUUUGUGUUUGAUUGACCAAACGCAUUGUAAACCAACCGUCAAUGACCGAAUUCGAUACGGCUACAACGAUAAUAGCAACAGAAAAUAACAGAUUCGAAACGCGCACUCGGUCGGCCACAUAAUAAAUUCCAAUUAACGAGUCAACAAACUAAGUGAAAGUAGAGUUCGUGAUGCGAACGAAAAAUGGAAUUUGUGGCAUUCUUCAAGUGCAGUAGAUAUUCGUGUCUGUCACCAAUUACCACCACACAGGAUUAUGAAUAAUUUUCAGUUGAGCUGAGCAAAAUCAACAAAAAUUGAAUUAGCAACGGCAUCAUCCAAUUGAAUUGCAAAGUGUCGACGACGACGAACGAGACGAGAGACGAAGACAUUGGGCGACAAUGUCUCAUGGCAAAUAGUUUUACGUAAUUUCUGCUCUUCGUCUCAGCCGUAAAAUUGUCUACCAAAUGAAUUUCAGAUUUGCAAUUCAAAUCGCAUGCAAAUUGGUUGUUCUAUUGAACUAAAUCCCGACGAAUGUCAACGCAUCCAUCCAUUUAUUGGUCGGUGUUAGUUGAACAAAUCACAGUGUGAUAUAAAUGUGAUUGCGGUGCUCGUUUUUUCUUCUCUCUCUGUCCUUCUCGUGUAUGUUUGUGUGUGUGACAAAAGCAUCGCAGGCGAUUCGAAAUGCUGAAAUCAAAUGAUCACGAUGAGAUAACAAAGGCAUCGGCUCCGGAUUUAAGCAAAAAGGUGAAGGAUGAUGAUUUCGGUUCGCAAAGGGUUUACAAGAAAACAUCGCCGAAUUCGGUGUUGACAUUAUACUUGGGAACACGAGAUAUAAUCUGUCGUCAAGGAAAAGUCGAACCAUUACGUGGUAUCAUCUAUGUGGAUCCGAAAUUCGCAGCCAACCAUAAAAUUUACGGUCAGCUUACGCUCACGUUCAGAUAUGGCCGCGAGGACGAAGAAGUGAUGGGAUUGAAAUUUUGUAAUGAAGCGAUAAUUGCAUUGAAACAGAUAUGGCCUACAAGUAACGAUAAGGAACCACUAUCACUGCUGCAGCAAGCGUUGAUCGAUCGUCUGGGAAAGACGGCGUAUCCAUUUUCAUUGGAAGUUGCCAGUUUGGCGCCACCAUCAGUUCAACUUCUUCCAGCCAAAAGAUAUACGGGUGCACCAAUUGGAACGAGUUACGAUAUUCGCGUGCAUUUGGCUGACCAAGCGGAGGAUCGUUUGACGCGACGGUCAAUGGUACGCUUGGGAGUUCGGGUGAUUCAUAAAAUAACGUCAGAAGCACGAGCACAGCCAAUCAUCGAACCAAAUCCACCGACACUGUCCAAGUCACUACGGUUACGCUUGUCGCCAAAAGCUCUCAAAUUAGCUAGUAAGUUUUCAACAAGUGUCGAUGAGAAUCAGCAUCGUGCACUCAAUGGACAACGAAGUGGCAGCGGGGGCCUCGACGCAAUGUCACGCAUCGAUGACGAGAAGAACUCCACCAAACCGGACAUCAGACAAUCCACAUUUUCUACAUCAAAGGGACCUGAAGGGUGCGUUGACAAACCAUUUCUUUGGCAGGAAGGACGUGUUUGUUUGCGAGCCGCAUUAAAUAAAUCGGCUUAUGUGCAUGGCGAACACAUUUCGGUUACCAUAGAUGUGAAAAACGACAGCCGAAAAAUUAUACGAAAAAUUCGGGUGUUUGCCGUUCAGCAUGUCGACGUGUGUAUGUUUAGCAAUGGCAAAUUUAAAAAUGUCGUAGCCGAUGAAUUCGAAUCGUAUCAAAUAAAACCGGGCGAAACGUAUCGAAAAGAGUAUUCACUCGUGCCGACAAAAGGACCGACCAAAAAUUGGAUUGCCGUUGAAGGGUCGCAUAACACGGCAUACGCGCUGCCAUCGGCUUCGUUAUCGAAGCAAAAUUCCGCAUCGGAAUCAAAUGAACCGCCAGAGGCCAAUAUGAAAAUAGCGUCAAGUGCACCACGUGGACCACAAACGUACGAGGAGCGAAAUGUGUUUGCAAUUUAUGUAUCGUAUUAUAUUAAAAUUAAGUUGACAUUAAGCGGAAUGGGUGGAGAGGUGUCGUUAAAAUUGCCGUUCAUAUUGGGCCAUGUAGACGACGGCAUCAUCGAUACGGACGAUCGGAAAAGUGAAAGCACCACCAAAUUAUCGGAUUCCAUGCGAUCGCGUACACCAACGGAAAUUGUGGAAGAAGAAUGCGGCCAAGAUGAUAUGAACGAAACAAAAGUGAACCAUGAUGAUAUCAACGAUCAAUGCUGCAAUGAAAAUGCUAAUCAGUUUAGUGAUACAAUUCAAUUAGAGGAGCAACUGCGAUUUGCUCACAUCAAUACAACAAAUGCCAACAACACAGGCAACGUUCAUGCCACCAUCGAUGCAGGUUUUGAAGAAGAUGAAGACGAUGCUGCCACCAAUGAAAGUUGCCACAACAUAAUUACCGCACAAAUUCAUACCGAAAGUCAGCCGAAUCAAUCGAACGAACAAAUGACAGACUGCUAAUCGUAAAUAGAUUUUUUGGGAGCGUAAAAUUUGCACAUAUGCACAUUUCGAUCGGGAAAAUACUCUGGCAGUACGGAACCGGAUUACCAGUCUAUCGGUGCACCAAUUUGCAAGAGAUAGAGAAAGAAUAAGGAGAAUAAUUACUCUCCAAUUUAUAAAUGAAUUUGUGUCUCUGAUCCUAAAUCUGAUUAAAAUGCAUAUAAUUUAUUAAGUAAGUCAGAUCGUCUUUCCGUACUAGCAAAAUGGUCUUUCCGUACGGCGCGGUAUUCCAAAGCAAAUUUAUUUGGAAUUGGUACAAAGACAAUGAAUUAAAAAAAGAUUUAAAUAUAACUAUUAAUGUGUAAAUAAAUGAGUAUUUCCUAAAUGGCCACACAAAAUGAUGCCAAGAUAAUUUUAUCAAUCCAUUUAACUAUAAAGAGCACGUAUUCAUAACUAAAAUGACCAGUUAUUCAUGAUAACACUACGUUCAUUAGCAUGAUUUUUCUAUUGUGUAUGAAACCGAAAAAGGACAAGUUAUAACUUAAAGUAUCCUAUGUCAUGUAUGGAAAAUAUGAAUACAAGUUGUGCCGAGUGAUGAUGUCAAAAUUCGGAUUAACUCUGAGGAGAUAAAUGAGCUUACGAAAAUUGCCGAAUUUUGAAUUCAUGAACAUGUGAACAUUUAACAUUUAAAGGUCAAAAGUCCUUUUGUUCAUUAUCAACACACAUCGAUGUUUCAAUUGAUUCUAUCAUUCCCGCCGCAUUCACACCUUUUAAAAUCUAAAUAGAUAACAACAAUAUGUCAAACCAAAGUCAGUCAACCUCAAUUAAAAUUGAUUAAUGUUUUCGAUUAAGGCCCACGCCAGUUAAUGCACUCAAAUAUUGUAGGGAAUAUUUAUGGUCUUUUCAGGUAUAUUUAUAUAUAAAGAACGAAAAUUUUGCUCAUUAUUUUCCAUUUGAUGGUUUCAAUGUCAAUAAAUUAAUAUUCAAUCCAUCAGCGUGUUUACCAACUCAAUCAAAAUUGAAUUAAACUGAAAAUGGAUCAAAACACACACACAAACAAUUUUCGAACAAAUUGAAUUAGUUGGUUCGUUUUCCGCCUACUCAAUAGUUACAGUAAUAAUGUUGCCAAUAAAAUUAAAUAACUUAAUAUGAAUUAUAGAAAUGACAUGCAGUGCAUGGAAUAUAUUUAUUAAACAAAAUUAAGGAAAACUCUAGAAAUCACUCGCUUUUUGCUCUUGAUGUGCAAUAGUCGAUUGGAAAUAAAACUGAACAGAAGUUGAAAAAAAUAAA